AUCAAAUCCGGUAUUCGAUUUAAUCUCGGUCCCCACAGACCCAACACAGGGUUACUCUCGACUUCUUGAAAUGUGGUAUUUAGAUUUCAAGAAUCGUGGACAUGACAGGAAAUACUGGCUUCAACCAAUAUACGGCUGUAUAACUUUAGGUCUGCGUGCUGAUUCAUACGACAUUGUCCUUAAUUGUGACGAGCCAAAUGCAUUUGUUAGUGCGGCAAUAUGUUUUGCAAGCGACUCUAUACAAAGUGUCGACAUAAAGAAGCGUUCAGGAAUAAAACUUGUGGAUUUCGGCUGUCAACAUGGGUUAUACGUUAAUGACGUGCUGGUUGAUGAUGAAUAUAUUGACCUCUCACAUGGUGAUAAGAUAGAAAUACCUAACGUUGUCGUAUUUGAGAUAAAGUGGCAUCCUAUUGUUAUUUGCAUACAAAAAAAAGAAUAUGGUUUCACCGAUGGCGAAGUAUACAAAUGGGAGAGCUGUUUGCGAGAUCACGGUAUGUGUCUCGAGAGAUCUGUCUUUCACAACGUUGCUUCAGCGGCUUAUCGUCCUCCUCCUCUGUCUACUUUAGAUAUUCAAUACUCGUAUGAAUGGAAUUCGGACUGUACGCAUCUUUUAAUGCGACACUAUAUAUUCGACUAUACCGUGCUUCAUGCUUUGGCCGAAGUCAAACCAAUAAUAAAUCCUAAAUGGAUAGAGAAUUUAGAAGUUAUGAGGGAUGGAACCCUACUCCGAUUGUUUCAUCUACCAGACGAAACCGACUAUCUUCCCGAAGCAAAGGAUGAAGUUCCUCGACUACAUUUAGAACUAUUUAAAACCAACGUGAAAAGAAAGACAUUAUUCUCUGGGACCGUGUUUGUGCUUCCCGAGGAGCAAUAUAACAAGACAAGCGCCGUGAUGCAACUAAUAAAGAAAGUCGGUGGAAAGAUAGAGCUGUAUUCGAUACCCACGCUAACUGAACAUGAGUUGUGUACUGUAAUUGCCAAGAAUGAGAUCAAACUUGCAGAUGCUCAUCGUGUCUGUUAUUUGACUCCAACAAACGCAGAGUUAUGCAGUAUGCUAUGUCUUAUUUUGAGGACCAUGAACAUGCGUUUAAUAAGCCAAGAUGAAGUGCUCACUGCAAUAUAUAAAGUUGACACAGACAUAUACUGUGAUCCAAAAAGCGAAGCAACGAGCUCCAAGCUACGUUUGAGGCCUCGCAUGAAAGAUCCCGCAGAGAAAAAGUCUGUUGCGUUCAAAGGAGCCCCAUGGCCAAAACGGAAGACUUCUCCAAAAGUGAAUGAUAUUGAUUUAAACAAGUAUCGGAAUUUCAAAAGCAGUAGAUUUAAACCCACCAAUAUAAAAAAGCACUCUAGUAAGACCGAACAAUCCGCUUAUGCGGAUGAUCCUAUGGACGUGGAUCCCGGGCAAAAUGACGAAUGGGUAGAUUGGGAGAACGAUCUGGAUGCACAAUCAAGGAGAGCCUGGUAG